GCAUAAAUGACUUCAGUUAUCUGCACACAAACUGCUUUGAGCUAUCCAUCUAUGUUGGCUGUGACAAGUAUCCUCAUGAGAGUGAGUUGCCCGAAGAAUGGGAAAACAACCGCGAGUCCCUGAUUGUUUUUAUGGAACAGGUCCAUCGGGGCAUCAAAGGCAUAGUGAGAGACGUGCAUGGAAAGGGAAUCCCAAAUGCUGUUAUUUCAGUGGAAGGUGUUAACCAUGACAUUCGCACAGGAGCUGAUGGUGAUUACUGGCGUCUUCUCAACCCGGGGGAAUACAUGGUGGGCGUGAAAGCGGAGGGCUACACCACCGCCACCAAGACCUGCGAAGUCGGCUACGACAUGGGAGCUACCCAGUGCGACUUCACCAUCUCCAAAACCAACCUGGCGAGAAUCAAGGAGAUCAUGAAGAAGUUCGGGAAGCAGCCGAUCAGCCUGUCCGUCCGGCGGCUCAGGCAGAGGGCUCGGCAGUGGCCGCAGCAGCGAUAG